AUGGUGAACAAGAACCGAAAGAGCUUCACAAGGAACGAGCUGAAAGAUGCCCUGAAAAAGUUCAAACAGCACAAGAUAUUCGAUGAAGUAAAGGAAUUUUCCACACAAGAUGAGACCGAAAUCGAUAAGAAGGAAUAUAAAAGCUACAGUGAACUAAAAGAUGACUUUAAAAAAAUGAAUAUGGCUAUUCAAACCGAAGGCGAGAUUGUGACAGAACUUUUCAACAAAAUGAAACAGACUUCUGAUAAGGAAGAGCUUCGACAUAUCUUAGCUGAACUUGAAUACAUAUUGCACAAGAUUGACAAUGCUUUACUUUUUAUGGAUCUUAGAGGAAUGUCAGAACUUGUGAAAUUACUGAACAGCACUGAUGCAGACUUGAGACAUGACACGGCCUUCGUUCUUGGAUCCGCUAUGCAAAGCAACCCAAAGGUUCAAAUUACUGCCAUGGAAGCUGGUGUGUUACAACGCCUAAUCACAAUCGUCUCAACAGACUCCUCAUUGUCCGUACGCAAGAAAGCUCUUUAUGCCGUGUCAGCUCUGAUGCGACAUUUUCCCUACGCACAAAAACGUUUCCUCUCAUUGGGUGGACUGUCCGUUUUGGCUCAGCUUUUCACCCAGCCCCACACUGAGAAAAUGCGUGUCCAGAUCAUCACUCUGCUGACAGAUCUCAACACAGAGAAGAUUCAUUCCAGGGCCAAUUUGCAACAAGGGAACAGUUUGCAGAAAGAGAAAUUAAGGCAAUACAAUGAGUUAGACAUUCUGACCAACAUGGUGGAGACGGGAUGGUGUGACAAAGUCAAGUCUCUCCUCCAACUGCAAGACUACGAUACCCAAGAGAAAGUGCUGGCCACGAUGAACCAAAUUGCUAAUGUCUGCCGUUCUAGCUUCAAAUCUGUUGAUUCCCAAUUGAAACAACUGGAAAACAAAUACCACCAUCUGUGUGAGGAAGACAAGGCGAAUGGUGACGAUAGCGAAGACAACGAAUUCUUUUGCACUCUUUCCAAAUCUGUUUCUAAUAUUCUUUUUACACUUGAAAAUGUUAAAGACGAGUUAUAA